AUGGCUGCCACUAAUGAGGGAGGGAGCAAGAGGGUCUCCUUUGCCUACGCCCUUGUGACGGCUUCGUGGGCAGCCAGUGCUGGCCCCAGUAGUAGCCACACCGACAAGUCCGCGAGGCCGUCGGAUGCGCUGCCGCCCAGCCACCGCUCUUUCAUGCAUCAUACCGUUGACUCGCUAAACCUGGAGCUCGAGCUACCGUUCGUUUCACGCUACCGUGUGGUGCAUUACUUGUGGCAGCAGUGCUACCGCGUCGCGGUGGGCAGCGAGGACGACGGUGACACACUUCUGCCGCCCCGCCCCCCUAAUCUUGUGGCGUCGGUGAGCGAUGACGCACGCAGCGCUUCCGACGCCAAGAUGAAAGCCAACCGAUGUGGGUUCAUUUCCUCAACGUCACUGCGGGCGAUGGACGGCAUUAGCCUGCACCGCCUCACGACACUGGCAGAGUGCGCUCUUGUGCUGCAUCCCUAUUCGCAGCGGCUGGACCGAGUGACGCGGCCCAUCCUUGCCUUCCUGCAGCGCACCUGCACGCUGCAGCUUAGUCGGCGGCAGAAUAACAUCAUCGGGCUACUGCCGAAACUUAUGGAGAUUCUCAUCCUCCUGUGUCACUGCCUUGAGCGUGGUGCGCAGCUUCAAGAAGAGGAGGCAAACCGUCGCCGUCACAACAGCAGCACGAGUGGCAGAAGCGGCAGUAUGCAUGCACCUUCAUCUUCAUCGUCUUCGCUGGUGCCGCUGUUGCUGGUGCACGAUUCGCCAAAUGACGAGUAUCGACGUGUCAAACCGGUGGGUUUGGUCAAUAGGUGUGGGUGGUGGCUGAGCCGCCUCCUGAAGGGUGCGAAUCCCCGCCCCCAGCGCCUCUUCGCUCAUGUGAAAGAGUUGCUGCUUCAGCCGGGGCCCAUCUGCGCAGUGAAGGCCAUGUACCUGCAGUUCAUUGCCCACCGCUUCUUCCCGCAGUUCCCGCGUGUUCAACGCACGCCUGGCGCAACGUGGAGGGUUGUUGAUGCAGCACUUCUGCAGCAACACCUCUCGCAAACGGGCACAGCUAAGAAACGUUUGUCGAAGGAACCGGUGGAUUAUGAUACUGAGGCAGACGCCAGAUGUUUUUCUUUUAAUAACGGGUAA